AUGGAGGGUAUUCGCCCAAAACGGCAGUCAAUCCUCAUAGGACAACGCUCACUCGAUGUCUAUGGGGAGCAGAAUCAAGGACCAAAAUUUGUCAUCUGGAUUAUUGACAAAUUCCGUAAAUGGGGUUUCUUUAUUACUCGAUGGCCAUGGACGGCUAUUAUUAUUUGUUUAAUCAUCUCAGGAUUAUCGAUGGUAAAAAUCCUGCUCACACCUCAACGAAAUGAAAUUACCGGCUAUACACCAUAUGGUGCACGGGCAAAAGAUGAAUUUCAAGAGUAUCAGGAUUUCUUUUCAGCUCAGGGAUUACCAGUAGCUCCGUAUCUGUUUGUAGUGGCGAAGGAUAAUGGCAGUAUGAUACGGCCCGAAUAUAUGCGUGAAGCGGUCGAGAUAUUAAACUACGCCAUGAACAAUAUAACGAUGUUGAAUCGGAUCACUGGGCAGAAUGAAAGCUUUAAUCAUUUUUGCGACAGUUUUUGUCAACUCAACGAGCCAAUUCGACAGUUCUACAAUGGUUACGUGAUCCUGAGUGAGCCUGGCGCUGAGCCGACUUCUCGAAUUAAACUCAGUUACCCGAUAAGUUCUGUACUUGGACGAAAAUUCAGUUUACAG